AUGCUACAGACGUUAACUCAGAAGCUGUCCGGUUUAUCAUACUAUGCCAAAUUGGCUCUAGCGCUUUCGGCUUACCAGGCAAUCUUUAUAGCAUGUUUGGAAGCUUUUGUAUUCUCCAAACAUCUCGAGAUAGUCUCAAUACUCACACCGAAUGCAAAUGCGACGCAAUAUGGUGAUGAAUCGAAGGAAGAAUAUGCUAACGCAAGGAGCAUAUCUGUGUAUCAUGUGCUGUUCAUUGUAGCUCAAUUCUUUCAGCUCGGUAUAUACAUUGAUGCGAUACAUAAUCAAAAUACCAUCCAGAUCAUUGCAUUAAUGUUAUUCGAAUUCGGCAUAUUAAUAUAUUCUGUAAUACAAGUUUACCAGUCUGUGCAAAUUCUAAAGACUGUCGCUGAACAAAUAAACAUAUUGCCCUAUGAAAUUACUAUUAUAGUACUAAUAUUUAUCCUCGCCAACGGAUUCGCCUAUCUUGCAUAUAAAUUGUAUCAAGAAUUUGGAUGGAGUAUAUACAAGAAGAUUGGAGCUGAUAUGGCCAUGCGAGCUGAAGGUCAAGCAACUCAAAUCGCAGAACACAUAGUUAUGUCAUCUGUCAUAUCGACAUCGAUGCUUAUGGCCGCCUUUUUAGGGGUUAAAAAAGAGAACAAGGCCCUGAUGUAUCUAUUCAUGGUAGGCUGUGUAGGUACAGAGGUGUAUUUUACGAUAAAACUUGUCGAUAUAUCAACUCAACCCCAAAAAUACUUGGGAACAAGAAUAUUUGCUACCUUUUUCGUAUGUAUAUGUAUGAUUUUGGGCGCGGUGACACUAGUGAUAUCUGCGCUUUGUUUGAGAAACUUUAAUAAGGGUCUGAAAUAUCACUUAUCCCGUGAUUGCAACAAUGAAAACGAGGCAGGAGACCAAUUCCCACCGGGAAACAAUGGCUUUAAUUUAGAAUCUGUUCGCGGGACGAUCAAGCGAUGGUCUAUCGAUUAG